AUGUGGGGCGGAAGGACCGGGGCCUUGCUCCGCGCGUUGGGGUGGUGGCCGACAGGGGUGAUCGGGAGAAGACUGCUAAACUGCAAUGCUGCUUCGCUGGCAGGAAGCAGCUCCCCACGAUGUUGGAACUGCGGCGGCCUAGGGGGCCCAUCGCGGGGGGACCGGUUCUUCUGCCCUCACUGCCGGGCGCUGCAGCCACCUGACCCGACUCGAGACUACUUCAGCCUCAUGGACUGCAACCGCUCCUUCAGAGUUGACACUGUGAAGCUCCAACAUAGAUACCAGCAACUACAGCGCCUUGUCCACCCAGAUUUCUUCAGCCAGAGGUCUCAGAAUGAAAAGGACUUCUCAGAGAAGCAUUCAACCCUUGUCAAUGAGGCCUAUAAGACCCUUCUGGCCCCCCUGAGCAGGGGACUAUACCUUCUAAAGCUCCAUGGAGUAGAGAUUCCCGAAGGGACAGACUAUGAGAUGGAUAGUCAAUUCCUCACGGAAAUAAUGGAAAUCAAUGAAAAACUUGCAGAAGCUCAAGGUGAAACUGCCAUGAGAGAGAUUGAAUCUAUUGUCAGAGCUAAACAGAAAGAACUGACUGAUGAUGUGAGCAGAGCUUUUGAAAGAGACAAUUUUGCAAAAGCCAAGGAACUCUUAACAAAGAUGAGAUAUUUUUCAAACGUUGAAGAAAAGAUUAAGUUAAAGAAGAUUCCCCUCUAA